AUGGGGCAGAUCUUCUCGCAUUUUAUAUCUUGCAUUGAGUGGAGGGCAAUCCCAUACUCUAUUCUACCAGCAGCCUAUCCCGAAGCCCAGCUGGCAGGGGCAAUCGGCACACUCUGCUCCUACUCAUUUCUGGAGAGAAGAGAUGGUGGCAUGAAGUUCGAUAUGCAUAGGCUCGUCCACUUGGCGACCAGAAUAUGGGUAAGUCAGAACGGUCAUGAAGCAGAAACGAGAAUAGCGGUGUUGAAACACAUCGUGAAAGUCUUCCCCUCCGACGACUACAUUAACCGUGAGGUCUGGCGGGAUUACCUACCGCAUGUGGCACGUAUAGAGAAGGAUAAGCAGUUCCAAGAUACAGAAGAGAUGAGCGAGCUUUAUUUGAAAGUCGGGCGGUGCUUAUACGUUGAUGGGCGGAUAAAAGAAGCUGUUCUCUGGCUACAGGAGUCUUGCAAGUGGAGAGAUAGAGGUCUCGCCCAAAACCAUCCCUCACGACUGACGUCGCAGCACGAGCUCGCUCGAGCAUAUCAAGCCAACGGACAGGUCAAGGAGGCAGUCAAACUGCUAGAAAAUGGAAGGAAAUGGAGCCCUUUUUCCCGCAACGAAAGUCAACAGCAUUUCAAAGCCGUUGGUUCCGGCAGCUACGGACGAGAUGAACGGCUGAAGAUAAUGAUCAUCAUUGAAGACUCUGUUACGUACCCUUACUCGGACUACAUCAGAUCUUAUCACUAUUUUGCAAGAGCAUAA